CCCCGCACCCCCACACUUCAUCGAGGCACCCCCUGGGCUGGCCAUCCGUUUGCUCUGGCAUCGGGGCAAUAGCGAGCAAAGAGCAGCGACCAGCAGCCCCUUCACUAACUUUUCUGAAGGCGGACGAGGCUAUUCUGGGCAAAGGAGCGUCUCCCUCGCGCUUCCACCACGAAAGAGGCAACCGCCUCCAUUCCCUACUAGAAACCGACGCCCCUGCGUUAACAAGGAAGAAAAGACAAGAAGCCCAACGAGCUCCCCCGCCCCUCCGCUUCCCCAAGGGAAGGUGGGGGACAAGAACCAGCUCUAACCAUAGAGGUGCCGACGUCCAGAGCAGCCAUGAAGGACUUCCUUUAAAAAGCAAAUGCAGUCACUCGUUUGCACUUCCGGUGUGCGCGAGGAGGACGGAUACGCAGUUUGCGCCAGAGGUUUGAACGUAGGUAUUGGCCGGCCCUCCGGAUGGCCCUCAACAAAUCUAUGCAUGAGAGGAAUAGAUACAAGAACAAACCUCCCGACUUCGCUUUUCUGGCAUCCAAGUAUCCAGAAUUUAAGCAGCACGUGCAAAUUAACUUGUCAGGAAGAGUGAGUGUAAAUUUCAAGGAUCCACAAGCAGUGAGAGCCCUGACAUGUACAUUGCUGAAAGAAGAUUUUGGACUUCAGAUAGAUAUACCAUUAGAAAGGCUUAUUCCAACUGUUCCCUUGAGACUUAACUAUAUCCACUGGGUUGAAGAUCUAAUUGCUCAGCAAGAUACUGCUACUAAAGGUUCUGUUACAUGGGGAAUAGACAUAGGUACUGGUGCAUCCUGUAUUUACCCAUUACUUGGUGCAACUUUGAAUGGAUGGUAUUUUAUUGCAACGGAAGUGGAUGAUGUGUGUUUCAGCUAUGCCAAGAAAAACGUAGAGCAAAAUAACUUAUCUGAUCUUAUAAAAGUGGUUAAAGUACCACAAAAAACACUACUCCUGGAUGCCUUAGAAGAAGAGUCUGAAGUUAUUUAUGACUUCUGUAUGUGCAACCCUCCAUUUUUUGCCAACCAACUAGAAGCAAAGGGAGUAAAUUCUCGUAACCCUAGAAGGCCACCACCUAGUUCAGUCAAUACAGGAGGCAUAACUGAGAUCAUGGCUGAAGGAGGAGAGCUAGAAUUUGUCAAGAGAAUCAUUCAUGAUAGCUUGCAACUUAAAAAAAGAUUACGGUGGUAUAGUUGUAUGUUGGGAAAGAAAUGCAGUUUGGCACCAUUGAAAGAAGAACUACGAAUCCAUGGAGUUCCUAAAGUCACCCAUACUGAAUUCUGCCAAGGUCGGACUAUGCGAUGGGCCCUGGCUUGGAGCUUCUAUGAAAAUGUCAAAGUUCCAUCACCUCCUUCUAAGAAAAGGAAACUAGAAAAACCUCGGAAACCAAUCACAUUUCUCGUCCUGGCAUCUACAGCCAAAGAGUUAGGUAUGAAAGCUUCAUCUGUAGGAAUCAAUGCUGUUGAAGGAUUAGGAGUUGUUGCAGCAUGGAUUAGAAAACUACUCACUGAUUUGAAGGUUCAGCAUAAAACACUUCCGUGUGGAAAAGAUGAGGUCAGCUUGUUUCUAACAGCUGUGGAAAAUUCCUGGAUUCAUUUAAGGAGAAAAAAGAGGGACAGAGUCAGGCAACUGCGUGAACUUCCUCGAGCAUCUGAAGAUUUCCUGCAAUCAGCAGAAGAAAAGAAUCAGAAAACAUCCUGUAACAUUUCUGAGUGUGAAGGAAAUGCAAAUGGAUCUACUGAAAAAUCAUCUGAGGUACUUUGUCUUGAUGUUGAGUCAUCAGAAGAUAAUGGACUUAAUAAUGUACCUGCAAUUCAGGAGAAAAAUAUUCAGGGAUCCACUGAGGAAAGCAGCAGCACAGAGGAACCAUCCUUUAUUUCAGAAUCCAAAGAUAUUUCCAGUAAUCAAAAUGAAGGGACCAAGACUUUUGCUAAUGAAAUCUUGGCUCUUGAAACUGGACAGAAUGAUAACACUUCAGGGGAAUGGUUCCUUUUCAAAUGUGUGUUAAUUGUGAAGAAAGAAGGUUCUGAUAUUUUAAUAGAAAUGCACUGGAUCGAUGGACAGAACAGAGACUUAAUGAAUCAACUGUGCACUUAUCUAAAGAAUCAGAUGUUUCGUUUGAUCACAAUUUAAAGACAUGUGGAUGUUUGGAAGAAUUAUCCUUAUUUUUGUAAUCUUGCUUUUGUAUUUAAUACCCGUUUCCCCUAGACCUAUCCCGAAAAUAAGCCCUAGCAUGCUUUUACAUGUGUGCCUAAUAUAAGCCCUACCCCCCAAAAUAAGCCCUACUUAAGAACCAAUGCAGCUGGCUGCCUGCCCAUUCCUUCUGGUUGCUCGUGGUGCGGUGGCCACAAGGCAAGGUGGGGUGGUAGAGCUGCCCCAUGCGCCCUGCACCAGUUUACCUCAAGGCCCCCGCAGCCAAGCCAUCCAUGCCCUGACCUCUGCCUCACAGCAGCAGCAACCACCAUGUUGUGGCCUGUCAGCCACCGGACCCUCCACCAGCUGUGUCAGGUGAGGAAGAGGCAGAGUCAAGGCCAGUGUCAAGGCAAUCUCAGAGCUCCAAGGGGGAAGAGGGAAUAGAGCUGUCAGAGAUAGAGGCAGAGCCUGAGCCAUCCAUUAGCCCUAAGAUGGAGAGGCCACAGCCCCCAGGUCUAGAGGUUGCUGAUGAGGAAGAGGAGGAACAGCUGGAUCCAGUGCCUGACAAUAUGGAUGCGCAGAAGGCAGGGGAGAGAAGAGCAGUGAGAAUCCUGAAUCCUGUCUGGGACUUAUUAGACUCCUUCCUUUAAAUCAGCAUCACUGACUGGUGUGCCUUCUGAGUGUGUGUGUGUGUGUGUGUGUGUGUGUGUGUGUCUGCUGCUGGAAAAAGCACACCUUUCAGGACUUCUUGUGUGAAUAUGGAGAGAGAGAUUUGUGGUGUGUGGGGCUAUUUCAGUGGGAAAGGGAACUGACACAGGCACUGAAAGACUUAGCCUGCAGCUCCAUUUCUCCUACCUCACGGCAGCGACACUGACACAGCACACUGCCUCCUGUCCCACCACGAGCAAGCAGAAGUGAGCCUCCUGUACAUGGGGGAAAAAAUAAGACACCCCCUGAAAAUAAGCCCUACUGCUUAUUUUGGGACACAAAAGAAAAUAAGACCAGGUCUUAUUUUGGGGAAAACAUGGGUGGCAUCCACAAUGGUACCUCUUAAAGAUAAUAGGUUCUAAAAAUUUGAGGUAUUUAUGAUUAGUUAAAACAAAAAAUGAAUUGUGCUUGCUUUCUACUGGAAUAAUUCGGAUUUAUGUUAUAACUGUAUUUUCCUUACUGAUUUCAGUGAGUCAUAAAUGUAACUAGUUAAAUCUGAAUCACUUUCCCUGUAAUCAUCACCUUUGUAUAAUGGAGUUAAUAUUUUUUGUUUCAGCUUACAUAUUGAAAGAGCAGCACUGUAAUAGCAUUAAAAAUGUUGUAAAAAAUUGUCAGCUUUUCCAACUGUUCAGAAAUUGUUUUAUAUCUAUAUCUUGGCCUCCUUGUCAGAAGUGCUCCCACAUGUUGGAUUGCAUCAAAGCAGAAUAUUUUUUUCAACUUUGAAAGAACAGAGGUUGUACACAAAUGCCACUUAGAUUAUUUUGCUAUAGAAUUGAGAAAACUAUACUUCAUUCUCUGGUGUAUCUUGAUAAAUUUUAAACAAAGUUGCAAUGCUCUGUUACUAAAAUCAGAAUCCAAGGUUUGGAGUGCCUCAUUAACAAUAAAUUAUUUUUUGCAAAGAUGCAAAAUCAGUAGUUAGUGGAUCAAAUAGAGAUCAGUAAUAUCACUUCUGUAAACCAUGAGGUUAGACAAGGUUAAUAAUUUACUCAUUUUUUGGAAUUUGAAGUCACAUGUUUGUGCUUUCUACUGCCAUCUUGUGCACAAGUUGUAGUAUUGUAACUAAUUUUCUUGUUCAGUGCUUGCCAUCUGGUUGUCAAAGCACAUGAAACUUCAUGUUUGUUCCAUAUGACUGAUAAUUUUGUCUUCUGUCAACUUGAAAGAGCUGCACCACAAGCACAUAUUGAAUGGAGCUUUUUGAGAAAUAUGUCCACAAAUAUAACUUCUCCUUCAGUGCAUUUGUUUCUCAGGCCUUUUGCAGCCAAUAUUGUAGAUCAACAAACCAAGCACAAGAAAUAGCUGUGAGAAGGAAAAGAGCCAAAGAUGUCCUAUGUAGUCUUGCUGGACCAUAUGCCUCAUCAAGUGAAGAGGAAUUAAUUAACGUAAUUCAAAUGUUCCUUUUAGUUUGCAAAAGGUACUUGGAACAUCAAUAUAGAGCCAGUUCCAAGAAGUUAAACCCAGCAAUAAAAUUGUGCCAAUGUACUCCCAAA